AACAAUCUGAAACUUUGACUCCACAGUUUAAAACAUAGAUAUAGGCUAGAAUAGAAUAAACACACGUAUUUGCAUGUGAAUUGUCUAUCGUCCCGUAUUUACAGCAAGAAUCCUAGCAAAUGUUGGAUGAAAGUAUGAAAGAAAACCAAAGUCACUCCAUCUGAAUACCGACACCUCUAUUGGAGCGCGCAGUGUCUUGAGCUUUUCUCUGUUCGCUGUGACGUUAGUUACCUCCUGGCAGCCAGCAAGUCACUACCGGAGCGGAGCCGCUUGAAAGAUGCACAAGUAACCAAGUAGGGAAAGACAGACAGGGGAACACUCCCAUUACCGGGCACGUUAGCUGUAAAAACGGAAUAUUUUCCUCUGUCAGAGCGGAAGAGUAGAAUAGAUUUUUACCCCGGAGCCGGGGGUUACGUUCGCGAUACUCUCCCGCAAUGGAAAGACUUUUAACUUGUCUCAUUGCUGCGGGAAGCUUAUUCCUUACAGUUCGAGGAGUAGUAUUCAAAGGUGACUGUAACUUUGAGAGGCCCUACACGGCAUGCGGCUACAGCCAGGGUAAGGAUGACCACUUUGAUUGGGAGCAGGCCAACACCAAGGAGAGGCCGUCGCCCAACCCCUGGAUGCCCACAGGUUCAGCCUUCAUGAUGGUCAACACCAGCGGACGUUCCUCGGGCCAGAAGGCCCAGCUGCUCAUGCCUCAGCUCAAAGAGAACGACACCCACUGCAUCAUCUUCCAGUACUAUGUGGCGGGACAGCGUGAGGGCGCCAACCCGGGCCGGCUCAACAUCUACAUUAAGGAGAACAACAGUCCGCUGGGCAUCCCCGUGUGGAACGCCUCCGGCCCCGCCCACCCCACCUGGCGCCAGGUGGAGCUGGCUGUCAGCACCUUCUGGCCCAACUUCUACCAGAUUGUCUUUGAGGCUGUGAGCACAGGACAACGAGGCCUACUGGCCAUCAAGGGCAUCAUCUUGCAAGGCCACCAGUGCAUGAGCACCCCACACUUCCUCCACAUCAAAGGUGUGGAGGUCAACGCCAGGCAGACCGCCACCUUCCAGUGCACAGUCAACGGUCGACCACAAGACAGCCACAACCUCUGGUUACAGGGUAUCGGAGGGAGACGGGCCCCGAUGAGAGAGACUAAGCCGGUGAACUCCCGCCGCUACACCGCCACGUUCGACGUGGAGAACACCACUAAGGGAGACUCUGGACGCUACCGCUGCAUCGUCCACUCAAACAAGGGCGUGGGCGUGUCCAGUUAUGCCGACCUGACCGUCAAACAACCCCCGGUGCCCAUCGCUCCGCCCCAGCUUACCGCUGUGGGCGCCACCUACCUGUGGAUCCAGCUCAACGCCAACUCCAUCAAUGGUGACGGGCCCAUCGUGGAGCGGGAGGUCGAGUACCGCACGGUGGCGGGCAGCCUCAUUGACAACCAGCCCGUGGACAAGACCACGCACAAGAUCGGCCACCUGGACCCUGACACAGAGUACGAGAUCAGCGUUCUGCUCACCCGCCCCCUGGACGGAGGAACGGGGGCCCCAGGACCUCCCCUGAGGGCCAAGACCAAGUGUGCCGACCCCAUGCAUGGCCCCCAAACACUGGAGGUGGUGGACAUCAAGUCCAAGCAGAUCACAGUGCGCUGGGAGCCCUUCGGCUACAACGUGACCCGUUGCCACAGUUACAAUCUGACUGUCGAGUACCGCUACCAGGCAGGCGGCAAGGAGGAGACCCGUGAGGAGGUGUGUUACGACACCCUGAGCCUGGCGCCACAGCACACCAUCCGGAACCUGUCACCCUACACCAACGUCAGCGUCAAGCUGGUGCUGAGGAACCCCGAAGGCAUCAAGGAGAGCAUGGACGUGGACGUGCUGACCGACGAGGAUGUGCCUGGCGCUGUCCCACUCCAGUCCAUCCAGGGGAGCACCUUCGAGGAGAAGAUCGCCCUGCGAUGGCGCGAGCCCGUCCAGACCUAUGGGAUCAUUAAGCAGUAUGAGAUCUCCUACAAGGCCCUCAGCUCCUUCGACACGGAGUUUGACCUGACCAACCAGAGUGGUAGGGUGUUCAAGUUCAGCAAUGAGACAUUCCACAUGUUUGUGGGUCUUUACCCCGGUUCCACCUACUCAUUCACCAUCCGGGCCAGCACCGUCAAGGGCUUUGGAACCCCCAUCAUCACCCAGUUCACCACCAAGAUCUCAGCUCCGUUAAUGCCAGGCUAUGACCAGGAGACUCCCCUGAACCAGACAGACAGCACGGUCACCGUCCUGCUGAAGCCUGCCAAGAGCCGAGGAGCCCCUGUCAGUAAGUACCAGGUGGUGGUGGUGGAGGAAGAGCGCCCCCGGCGGGCGCGGAGGGCGGUAGAGAUCCUGCGCUGCUACCCGGUGCCCAUCCACUUCCAGAACACCACCGUGCUCAACUCCCAGUACUACUUCACAGCCGAGCUGCCCAUGGGCGACAUCAAGACCCCCGUACCCUUCUGCAUCGGAGACAACCGCACCUACAACGGCUACUGGAACGCCCCCCUUCUCCCACACAAGAGCUACAGCGUCUACUACCAGGCCGUCAGCACGGCCAAUGGGGAGACCAAAAUCGAUUGUGUACGAGUGGCCACUAAAGCCGCCAUAAUCGUGACACAGCUCACCACUCCCUACAUACGCAUCGCCCCCGCGGCUGGCGACAACCAACUAACAGGGGCUGCGACCAGGAAGCCUGACGCGGUGGAGCCGGAGAAGCAGACGGACCACACGGUGAAGAUCGCCGGGGUCAUCGCUGGUAUCCUCCUCUUUGUCAUAAUCUUCCUCGGCGUGGUGCUGGUCAUGAAGAAAAGAAGAACCUAUCACUCCUACACUUACUACCUGAAACUGGCCAAGAAGCGCAAGGAGACACUGAGCAGCACGCGACAGGAGAUGACCGUGAUGGUGAACUCCAUGGACAAGAGCUACACAGAGCAGGGCACCAACUGUGAUGAGGCCAUCUCCUUCAUGGACACCCACAGCCACACACUCAACGGGAGAACUGCCUCUCCCUCGACAUUCACCAUGAAGACUAACUCAAUCAGCACGACCGUACCCACCUCCUACUACCCAGAUCCCUUUGUGCCAACCGCUAUCUUGGAUGAGAACCACACCAUGACCAGUGACACCAGUAGUCUGGUCCAGUCCCACAGCCACUCCUAUAAGAAGAAGAGGGAUGUGGCAGAUGUGCCCCCCUACCAGACGGGUCAGCUCCACCCGGCCAUCCGCGUGGCAGACCUACUCCAGCAUAUUACCCAGAUGAAGUGUGCCGAGGGCUACGGCUUCAAGGAGGAGUACGAGAGCUUCUUUGAAGGACAGUCUGCACCAUGGGACUCUGCCAAGAAAGACGAGAACAGGAUGAAGAACCGAUACGGAAACAUCAUUGCAUAUGAUCACUCCCGUGUCCGGCUGCAGGCCAUCGAGGGAGAGCAGAGCUCUGACUACAUUAAUGCAAAUUACGUGGAUGGCUACCACAGGCCAAAUCACUACAUCUCUACCCAAGGGCCCAUGCAGGAGACUGUCUACGACUUCUGGAGGAUGGUGUGGCAGGAGAACACGGCAACUAUUGUCAUGGUGACCAACCUGGUGGAGGUGGGAAGGGUGAAGUGCUGUAAGUACUGGCCUGACGACACUGAAAUCUACAGGGACAUGAAGGUGACCCUCAUCGAGACACAGCUGCUGUCAGAGUACGUCAUCAGGACCUUCGCUGUGGAAAAGAGGGGAGCCCAUGAGAUCCGGGAGAUCCGUCAGUUCCACUUCACUGGCUGGCCAGACCACGGGGUCCCCUACCACACCACCGGCCUGCUGGGCUUCGUACGCAGGGUGAAGUCCAAGACCCCUGCCAAUGCCGGGCCCAUGGUGGUCCACUGCAGUGCAGGGGCGGGCAGGACUGGCUGUUUCAUCGUGAUUGACAUCAUGCUCGACAUGGCGGAGAGAGAGGGUGUGGUCGACAUCUACAACUGUGUGAGAGAGCUGCGCUCACGAAGGGUUAACAUGGUCCAGACAGAGGAGCAGUAUGUGUUCAUCCACGACGCCAUCUUGGAGGCGUGUCUGUGCGGGGACACCACCGUCCCAGCCAACCAGCUACGAUCGGUCUACUAUGACAUGAACCGCCUGGACCCCCAGACUAACUCCAGCCAGAUCAAAGAGGAGUUCAGGACUCUGAACAUGGUGACUCCUACGUUGCGUGUGGAGGACUGCAGCAUCGCCCUGCUCCCCAGGAACCACGAGAAGAACCGCUGCAUGGACGUCCUCCCGCCAGACCGCUGUCUGCCCUUCCUCAUCACCAUCGACGGAGAGAGUUCCAACUACAUUAACGCUGCCCUCAUGGACAGCUACAAGCAGCCGUCAGCUUUCAUCGUUACCCAGCACCCCUUGCCCAACACGGUCAAAGACUUCUGGAGGCUGGCGCUAGACUACCACUGCACCUCCAUAGUGAUGCUCAACGACGUAGACCCAGCACAGCUGUGUCCCCAGUACUGGCCGGAGAACGGCGUGCACCGCCACGGGCCCAUCCAGGUGGAGUUUGUGUCAGCUGAUCUGGAGGAGGACAUCAUCAGCAGGAUAUUCCGUAUCUACAAUGCCGCACGGCCGCAGGACGGGUACCGUAUGGUGCAGCAGUUCCAGUUCCUGGGCUGGCCCAUGUACCGGGAUACCCCCGUCUCCAAGCGCUCCUUCCUCAAGCUCAUCCGCCAGGUGGACAAGUGGCAGGAGGAGUAUGACGGAGGAGAGGGACGUACCGUGGUGCACUGUCUGAAUGGUGGAGGACGUAGCGGGACGUUCGGUGCAAUUAGCAUCGUGUGCGAAAUGCUCCGGCAUCAGCGUUCGGUCGAUGUGUUCCACGCGGUCAAAACGCUGAGGAACAACAAACCCAACAUGGUCGACUUACUGGAUCAAUACAAGUUCUGCUAUGAGGUGGCACUGGAGUACUUGAAUUCUGGUUAGCUGUGCUGAAAGCUGCUCCCCUCAUCUGUCCUACCCCCUUCAAGCCCCCGCACCACAGCCCUCACAGCUUCCCUUGACACAGUCUCUUAAACCUGAGUGAAUGUUGGUUACUGGAGGACAGAAAUGAAGUGCUGUGUUCCGCCGGGCACGGGACAGGGUCGUGCCAUCGCACCGCUACGGGUCAGGGUCGUGCCAUCGCACCGAUACGGAUUUAAGAAGAGGGGAGAGAGGGUCUCCCCCAGUCUACUCUGAAAUGGCUACGUUGACCCUGAACUUGAUGAACUUUCCCCCUCGCAUCUUUCAUCCUUGCCCCCCAACCCCUCUCCUCUCUACUAGUCAGUGUUACUGUCCCCUCCAACCCCUCUCCUCUCCACUAGUCAGUGUUACUGUCCCCUCCAACCCCUCUCUUCUCCUCUCUACUAGACAGUGUUACUGUCCCCUCCAUCCCCUCUCUUCUCCUCUCUACUAGUCAGUGUUACUGCCCCCCCCCAACCCCUCUCCUCUCCACUAGUCAGUGUUACUGUCCCCCCCAACCCCUCUCUUCUCCUCUCUACUAGACAGUGUUACUGUCCCCUCCAACCCCUCUCCUCUCCACUAGUCAGUGUUACUGUCCCCUCCCCUCUCCUCUCCACUAGUCAGUGUUACUGUCCCCUCCAUCUCUUCUCCUCUCUACUAGUCAGUGUUACUGUCCCCCCAACCCCUCUCUUCUCCUCUCCACUAGUCAGUGUUACUGUCCCUUCCAACUCCUCUCCUCUCCACUAGUCAGUGUUACUGUCCCCUCCAUCCCCUCUCCUUUCCUCUCUACUAGACAGUGUUACUGUCCCCUCCAACCCCUCUCCUCUCCUCUCCACUAGUCAGUGUUACUGUCCCCUCCAACCCCUCUCCUUUCCUCUCUACUAGUCAGUGUUACUGUCCCCUCCAACCACUCUCCUUUCCUCUCCACUAGUCAGUGUUACUGUCCCAUCCAACUCCUCUCCUCUCCACUAGUCAGUGUUACUGUCCCCUCCAUCCCCUCUCCUUUCCUCUCCACUAGUCAGUGUUACUGUCCCAUCCAACUCCUCUCCUCUCCACUAGUCAGUGUUAAUGUCCCCUCCAACCCCUCUCCUCUCCUCUCUACUAGACAGUGUUACUGUCCCCUCCAUCCCCUCUCCUUUCCACUAGUCAGUGUUACUGUCCCCUCCAUCCCCUCUCCUUUCCUCUCUACUAGACAGUGUUACUGUCCCCUCCAACCCCUCUCCUCUCCUCUCUACUAGUCAGUGUUACUGUCCCCUCCAACCCCUCUCCUUUCCUCUCUACUAGACAGUGUUACUGUCCCCUCCAUCUCUUCUCCUCUCUACUAGUCAGUGUUACUGUCCCCCCCAACCCCUCUCCUCUCCUCUCCACUAGUCAGUGUUACUGUCCCCUCCAACCCCUCUCCUUUCCUCUCUACUAGACAGUGUUACUGUCCCCUCCAACCCCUCUCCUCUCCUCUCCACUAGUCAGUGUUACUGUCCGCUCCAACCCCUCCCCUCUCCUUUCCUCUCCACUAGUCAGUGUUACUGUCCCCUCCAACCACUCUCCUCUCCUCUCUACUAGUCAGUGUUACUGUUCCCUCCAACCCCUCUCCUCUCUACUAGUCAGUGUUACUGUCCCCUCCAACCCCUCUCCUCUCCUCUCUACUAGUCAGUGUUACUGUUCCCUCCAACUCCUCUCCUCUCUACUAGUCAGUGUUACUGUCCCCUCCAACCCCUCUCCUUUCCUCUCCACUAGUCAGUGUUACUGUCCCCUCCAACCACUCUCCUCUCCUCUCUACUAGUCAGUGUUACUGUUCCCUCCAACCCCUCUCCUCUCCUCUCUACUAGUCAGUGUUACUGUCCCCUCCAACCCCUCCCCUCUCCUCUCCUCUCUACUAGACAGUGUUACUGUCCCCUCCAUCUCCUUUCCUCUCUACUAGUCAGUGUUACUGUCCCCUCUAACCCCUCUCCUCUCCUCUCUACUAGACAGUGUUACUGUCCCCUCGAAACCCCUCUCCUUUCCUCUCUACUAGACAGUGUUACUGUCCCCUCCAACCCCUCUCCUCUCCACUAGUCAGUGUUACUGUCCGCUCCAACCCCUCCCCUCUCCUCUCCACUAGUCAGUGUUACUGUCCCCUCCAACCCCUCUCCUUUCCUCUCCACUAGUCAGUGUUACUGUCCCCUCCAACCCCUCUCCUCUCCUCUCUACUAGACAGUGUUACUGUCCCCUCCAUCUCCUUUCCGCUCUACUAGUCAGUGUUACUGUCCCCUCCAACCCCUCUCCUCUCCUCUCUACUAGACAGCACUACUGUAUUUACCCUCACCCCCCCCCCCUCACUCAGAACAGCGCCUGAACAGGAGUUCACAUUGAUGUAUUCUAUUGCCCAUAUGUCACCAUCUCCCAACCCUCUCUAUUGUUUUAACAAAAAAACUCUCCUCUUGCCAGUGACUCCUGUUUAUUGCUUUUUUAAUGCUCAUCGGAUAAUCUAUGUAAUUUCUGUUUUUGUGGGUAAAUGCGACAUGAGCGUAAUGUUGAUAUGUUGGUUUUUAAUCCACUUUUUUCAUUUCCGUUGAUAUAUAUUUUUUUCACAAUGUUUGUUAAUAUGGUGAAGCGGUUUGACAUGUAUAGCUAAAGUUGAACCGGCAUUAAGAAAGAGAAAUCUUAAAUGUUUAUGCUGCCAUCGCUUUGGUUGCUAUUAGUAUCGUCGUGCCGGCAGGAGGGGGAAAAAGCCGUCCUGCAACGUCCACACCAAGCUUUUCGUCAGGUCAACAGAUCCAAAGCUUAAUUAAUUGCGGUCAUUAUUGUUAAUAUUGUAAAUAUUUUAAGUUGGACAGACUAUUUAUUCAUUGAGUGUUUUUGUGAAGUGACAAUCAUGUUUAUUUGGGGUCAUAUUUUUUAAAACUUUCUUUUGACCUUUUUUGCAUAAUGUUGACCAGAUGUAUUGUAAGCCUUGUAUUUAUCUUGUAUGGAAGAAAAAAACUACUCAAACUUACAAAUACAUACAUAUCUAUUGAUAUGUG